GCUCAGCUCAGAGUUUUGCUAGGGACCUCAGCUGCAUAGUGGCCAUGGCAGUGAAGCUAUGGAUGGUCGUGGUGGGCACAGCAAUGGUGGCCCACGCGGGCAGCAUGAUCACGGCGGAGAAGCAUGCAGCCAUGGAAGAGUCGGAGGCGAUGCACGAAGACGCAACAGGCGUCACCUUCCAGGUCGUUGUAGAAGUCCUGUGCGGGGCGCUGCUGGCCUUGUGGGGCGGAAUCGGUGAGUUCAAGCCAAUUCGCAUGGGUGACUCAAAGAAGCCCAGAUGGGAGUCCCUGCACGAGCGGCCUGACUUCCACAGCUACCGCAGCAGGGCAAAGUUCAUGAGGACUUUGCUGACCAGCAUCGAGCCUCCACCCGGCCGUUGACCAACAUUGACCAACAGACCCUGCAUGCUAGGCA